ACACACACACUCUCUCUCUCUCUCUCGCUCACUCACUCACUUUCCCUCCCCUCCCUCUGGUAUGCCUCGGCCUUGCUCAAUGGGUGUGGUGGUGGUACUGGUGGUGGCACUGGUGGUGGCUGUGCUCUCUGCGCGCCCGGUGGUGGCGGUGGGCGUAUCGGCAAACGUGGCGCUUCCGCUGGAGAACCCGGUCCUCAGGCUGCUGACGUACGGCUUUGCGCGCGGUGGACUCGCCGAGGUCAGGUACACUACCGAUGUGCAGGCGACGCAAAUGCCGCGGCCUCUCAUGGUUGCUCUCUUUGAUGCGCAUCAGUGGGCGCGCGUCCGCCCCGCCACCCUCUGCGACGCUCUCGAAGCUGCCCACAACAUGUCCACCAUCGCUCCGCUCCCGCCGGCUACCGCCGUCGAUGCCUCGGCUCUAGACGGACUCGCUGCCGCGGCGUGGGCCGUACCCCCGGCCGGUCACGCUGCAUGGGAUGUUUCGUUCACCGGAGAAGGCGUGCUGGCGUUGGUCGAGUGCCCCGAUGGCGAUGCUGAUGGCGACGUGGCGGACCGCGCCGCCAAUGACGCGGUGGCGUCUUGGAUCAACACUCGGACUCGCGCAGUCAACCCGGGCGGUCGCGAGCUCGACACCGAGACGUGGCCGCUGCCGAUGGUGUACAGCGGUUUUCUGCUGGUGUGGACGAUUGGGUAUGGGGCAUGGCUUGGGGCCACUGUCCGGCGAAUUGCUGCCAUCCGCGCACGCGCCAGUGGCCCGCCCAGCUGGUGGCGGGUGUGUCUGGCGCUGCCAUGGAUGGUGGGAAUGGUGGCAACACUCGGUCUGCUCAAGAUUGUCUCGCUUCUGGCGUACACUGUGUACUGGACUCGGUACGAAAAUGCCGGCGAGCGGCCGCCGCUAGGCUACUCUGUGGCGGCCUUUGCGAGCGCGGUCAUCUUUUACACUGGCCUCUGCUUUGUGCUUGGCCUCGCUUCACAGGGCUGGUCGAUCCUGAUGCUCCAGCUCCCGCUGCAGCGCGCGCUUGUUGUUCUCGCUGUCACGGGCUUUGCCUGGUUCGGCCUUAUUGUGGCGAACAUGCUCGGUGCGUCGUUUACAGUGGUCAAAGUCAUUGCGUACGUAACCAUCGCGCGGCUCUCGUUUGCCACCGUCCGUGAGACCGCGGUGGCGCUAUCCAGUGCGCUGUUUGAGGGACAAGCGCUCUUUGCGCAUCACGAGAAUGCUGAGCAAGCCAUCGCCGCCUGGGUUGCGCCGCUCCAGGCCAAGUACGCCAUGAUUCGCGAGUUCAAUGCCAAGGUCACGAUUCUCGCCUUUGGUCAGCUGCUGGUCCUCAUGACCUCUGCCAUCCUCCGGCCCUCGCUCUUUGAGAUUGUCGCUCUGGACGAGGCUGUCACCGUGGGCGUUCUGGGCUACAUGGCCUACCUCUUCCGCGUCGGUGACCUUGACUACGAGGUGAUUGGAUCGGAACGGAGCCGGACCGGCAGCGAGAGCCGAACAGAGCCCGGCUCGCGGUCAGACCCGCGCCCGUACCAGCCGGGCAUCACGCCUGUCCAGGUAGUGUAUCCAGGACCCGCGCCCAAGUGGGCGCUCGGAGUGCCGAUGAUGAGAGUCGAGGAUUGAGCAUGUGUGUUAUACAUCGCUGACCUCCGUCACUGCCGCGGCUGAGCCUUAGGACGCGACGUCCGCAGCGUCAUCGUGUCGUACAUGGAGGCGACGUCCUCUGAGACUGACGGGAGAACAUGCUCAAAGGCAGCCUCAAAGUGGCGGGUGCCGACCUGGACGACCUCAUGGGCGUCGCUCGGCUGAUCGAGCUUGGACUUGGCAGCGGCGUCCAUGCGCUGGAAGCACUCGCGAAGAGCAAAGGUGGCGGCUUGGCGGACAAGCGCGGCGAGGUCUGCACCGGAGAAUCCAUCGCACCGCGAGUCGAGGGCGAUGGCGCGCAAGUCGACGGCGUCAGGCUCGAGCGGCGUCUUGCGGGCCAGCGUCUCGAGAAUGGCGACGCGGUCGUUGGGCUCGGGAAGCGGGACGUAGACGAGCUUCUCAAGGCGACCCGGACGCAUGAUGGCGGCAUCGAUGAUGUCAGGCCGGUUCGUCGCGCCGAUGAUGUACACUUGCCCGCGCGCCGACGUGCCGUCCAUCUCGGUCAAGAGCUGGUUGACCAGCCGCUGGCCC